UAAGAAUAGGAACAGCGCACGUCGAAUAAACCGAGAACAUGGAACAUUCUGGAACACGCCAGAACAUGCAGGGAUUCCAAAUAAGAUAUUGAAACUAUGUAUAACGGAGGAGACCCAAUAGACGUAAAUACAGUGCUACCCUUUCCAACGAAUAAUAAAGCUAACCGCAAGCAAAAAGGACAGGAACUAGCACAAGUAAAACAGAAAAGAAAAAAAAGCAGGUGUUAAUAGUUAGUUAACUAUUGCAGGUAAACUGUGGUUCAAAAGAUGAUGAUCUACAUUGCUUCAUCAAAUAUCUACAUUUCUUCAUUAAAGACUUCGUGUUUUUGGAGUGAUCCUGGAUGUUCCGGAAAGCUCCUGUUCCUGAUUUUAUCGACAUCCUUGAAAUGACAGACUUACACUAGCUUUCAUCAAACCGGACUUGGUGUUUGGGUAGUGAUUCUAUGUUCUUUCAUAUAACAAGCCAAAUUAUUCUCGCGGUUUGAUUGAUACUUACCAAUGAUCAAUUGGAGGAGAGACGUAUAUUUCAUUUCAUUACUCUAUCACAAAACAAACGAAUUCCACGUUGCCUUGCGUCUGUUCAGUUAUAUUGAUCACAGAUGACGUCAAAGUCAUCAGUGGCAAACUCGGUUAUCGGUUACCACAAUUUGCACACCAUGCAGCCACUAAGAUGAUAACUCCAAGUCAUAGACUGAAUUUAAUCUUUUUUCAGUUUUAAAAUAUGACUAAUUGGACAUAUCACUCUCUCCCUACUGUUGCAGACCAAGAAAAUGCUGUGGAGUGUUCCAUGUUUGUUUCCCUUCGCCGGCUUCCUUAUAAACUGUGUAUCUGCUGGUGAGCAAUGCAGAGAGGAACGGAGCAUAAAUGGGAUGGCUCUACAGGGAUUCAUCUUCAAAAAGUUCUUCGUUAGAGCUCUUCAAGAGUGUGAUAUCAGCUGUGAAACAGAAAUCACCUGUCAAAGCUAUAACUACGUCAUGGGGGAAAAUUCGUGCGAACUGAAUAACCGCACCAAGGAGGCAAGACCGGAAAACUUCCGCUCAGACCCGGCGCGGUUUUACAAAAGACGCCUGACCGACAGGGCUCCACUGGGUUCCGGUCCGGAGCUCCCAGCACAUUCGUGUCAGGAAAUAAAAGCAAGCGAAGGACAAGAUACCAUUAGCAACAAGUACUGGCUGGAUCCAACUGCGAAUGGAACAGCAGUUUUGGUUUAUUGUGACAUGGACUUAGAAGAUGUCGAUGAAUGCAUCACGGGGAACCAUGACUGUGACGUGAAUGCAAACUGCACCAACACUGUUGGCGGACAUAACUGUACUUGUAAGGAAGGAUUUGCUGGAGAUGGUCGCUCGUGUUUAGCUUACAAGAACUGCUCUGAGAUCUACAAAUCUGGUGAAAGAAAAGACGGUGUGUACGCCAUUAAACCUGACAAUCUGUCUGCCUUUGAUGUGUUUUGUGACCAAACAACAGCAGGUGGGGGGUGGACAAUGUUCCAGAAGAGACUGGACGGUUCGGUGGAUUUCUACCUUAACUGGAGCGAUUACAAACUUGGGUUCGGUAGUCUGAGAAGUGAAUUUUGGCUCGGACUGGACAAAAUUCACCGCCUGACCGCAGAUGAUAACAGCAUGCUGCGUGUGGACUUGGAAGACUUUGAAGGGAAUACAGCUCAUGCCGAGUAUAACAAGUUCGGUGUUAUGGGUGAGAGUGACAAGUACAAGCUGAUCCUCGGCUCUUACUCAGGAACAGCUGGUGAUUCUCUCUCAGUUCAUCGUGGUGAAUCGUUUUCAACUCGAGACCAAGAUAACGAUGCAGCUCACAACAGGGACUGCGCCGUGGAGUAUCAAGGAGCCUGGUGGUACAACACUUGUCGCCACUCAAACCUGAAUGGCAUGUAUCGUGACGGUGGAGCCUCUCCACUCCAGGAUGGUGUCACCUGGUACCACUGGAAGGGGCAUCAAUACUCCCUGAAGAAGACCGAGAUGAAAAUAAGACCAGUAGAUUUCUGAUUUUCUUCUACAUCUACAUUCUUAACUUGCAACAUCCUAUCAGGACGGUUUGCAAGUAAUAUAAAAAGAAAAUGAGGAAAUAAAUAUACAACUAGGUGAUGUAAGCUAAUGUAUCAGAUACGAGAGACCGUGUCUUACCAUUUUCUGUUUACGUGAUAUAGCUAUUAAACUAAGAUGCCCUGAUGAAGGACUAAUGUGCUUAUGCUACAGUGAUUUUAAAAUUUACCUAUGUCAACUUCACUGGUAUCAACAUUAAGAGUCGUCAACUCGUCUGUCGACGGAAAAACUAAUGAAAAAAAUAAUCGUUUAAUCCUCGGAAGGUCUACACUGCCUAAGCUCCAUUUUCGUGUAUGAACCCGAAGAAGAUACGUGGUCGUGGUCAUGGUCUGAUGGUGACUCGAGCCAUAGGAUUGAUGAUCACCUAAACAAUCAUUUAAAAAAUCUUGAGUAUUGACAAUUUAUUUAUUAACCAUAUGUAAGAAACAUAUUUCUCGCUAUCAUACUAUAUACUUGAAGUUAUUAAAAACUGGAUCAUUGGACAAUGCAA